AUGAGCCCGCUGGUGAUCCUAGUGACUCUUCUGCUUUAUUUCUACGACUUCCUCCAAAAAUAUGCCGAAUGUGCCGCGUUCCACUCAUUGCUUAUAUGUCCCUGCGAACUAUUGUUAUCAGUACUUCAGAUUCUCCUCACUAACAGCUUCUGUUUCAAAGAUUACAUCCCAGUAGUUAAUUUACCUAAAUGUUACAAGGGCACCGAAGACCACAAUGAGUCCUCGGCCCCGGAUGGCAGCUUAGAGCGAUUGUUGCGCGAAAGCGAAAUCCUUCGGCAAGCAUUUGGCCAUUUAUUCGAUUACGUAAUUCUCAAUAACGACAUCGACGAGACGAUUCGACAGUUAGAGCUGGUUGUCGAGAAACUUCAUGCCUGCCCGCAAUGGCUGCCAGUAUCCUGGGUUUAUUGA